CACGCUUUGGAGCUGUGCACUGGACACCAAAGAAAGCAAAGCAAAAAAAAAAAGAAAUCGUCGUUUAGACAGCCUGUGAUCCGGCUUUGAUACUCUUUUUCUGUAUAUCCUCCCACCCCCAGCCAUGCCUUCCCAGGCGGUGCUGCCGCCCCUCCUCAAGCCGUAUAUUUCCUCGCCGAGCCCCUCCUCCCUCACUGUCAUUUCGUCAGUAUUAGGCGCCACAGGCAAUUGGCUGGUCCUCAGAUUCAUCUAUGCCACCCUGGCUACGGCUCCGUAUCUACAUGAUGCGUCAAUCCCCAGAAAUGAGAAGAGAAAAGUCGUCUUGGUCAGUUUCCUGCGGGGUUGGGACUUUUGGCGCGGGGAGGCGAAAAGAUUAGGCCUGGAUCUCACGCGUCUCCAAGACAAGAGCCAAUUCGCAUUUGUUGACGGGCUCUCGGAGCUCUUCAGUGUUUCCACACGACCAGCCCCGUCCCCGACGCCAGUCUUGCCAGGCAGCGCUGCUCCCAGGACAACCCUUCCUGUUCGUUCUGCUCCAGGCGUGGUACCUCCUCGGUCUGGGCUGCAUCCUGCUCUGGGUACGAGCACCGCCUCUAUCAAUGACGGUCCAACGCCGCUACGCUUUUCCGGUCGUGGGACUACAGCGCUGGAUGGAUUGGAGAGAGAUAUCCUCAGGGCCGUGGAUCGGCUAAAAUCUACUGGAAGCAAAGACCAAGAAGAACAGGAGGAAGUCUCUGUGCUGCUCAUCGUCGAUCAACCGGACCUGGUACUUGCUGCAACGGGGCCGGCAUUAGGCAUUGGUGCCUCGGAGAUGGGAGAGUGGUUACUGGGACUACAACAGCAUGUUCACUCGACAGUCAUGACGGUAUCGGCCGAUACGCCGCUGAUCCAUAAUGCGUCCACGUUUGCUUCUCAACAGCCGUCUCCUUUGGAGACUGCGCAGGCAGCUUUUGUGACUGGAUCGGCGCAUCGAGCAGAAACAGUCAUUCAGCUUCGCAAUCUAGAAACGGGGGCGGCCAAGGACGUGAGUGGAGUGCUCAGAAUCAGCAAAGGUGGUGCAUGGGAAGAGAGCUGUGACCAACAUGCGGACAGUCCCUGGGAGGAAAGGGAAGUCUUGUAUUUCAUGCAACGAGAUGGUGGGGUUAGAGUAUUUGGGCGCGGCGAAUAGAUUUCCAUCAACCAUAGGCGUUCAGGCGUGUACUAUUCGAUAGACAAACCAAGUUGGUUUCUGCAUGCUGAGCCUGCUGUUCGAUAAGUAAUAGUGAAGAAACCUUAAAAAUAUAGAAAGUCGGGAGGCGGCUUGAAAUUCAUCAGACAGAUCAGAUUGGAACUAAAAAUCUCAACGCAUCUGUCCACGACAUUGGGGAUAUCCGCCAGCCAUAAAACACAGAAAAAGGUAAUUUCAGGCGUGCUGUCCUAGUUCCUCUGAUGCACCGAAGCCACACACACUAACUUUCCCGACAACCCUAUCGUCCUCGGUGGCACGUUGUUCGUUUUCUUUUUUUUUUUGGAGAAGAAAAAUUCUAUAACGGCGAAGAGAGGAAUCGGAUCCACACUGAAGCCCCAAAUUUUUUUUGUUCAACAUUCAUUCACUUUGCAUUAAGACAUGUUUUGCUGCGAAAUGCUAA